GUCGACGCGUGCAUGUGCCCAGUCCUGCUGCAUGCUGUCCUCGAUCCGGUCUCCACUCCAGGCCUGAAGUUCAGCUGUUUUACUGGUUAGCUUGAAAUUGGAUCCCUGGAAUAAGCCUCACAUCAGUGGUAAAGCACACAGAAGCUCUUUUGGCCAUCACACAUCAUGGCGUUUCCCCCCAGUAUGAAGACGGUCUUUGUGAUUGACCAUUCAGCCUCCUUUGCUGAAUCCUGCAACCAGCCAUUUGAAUUUGAUGUCGUCAGCAAAGCAAGGACACCAGGUCUCAUUCCAUUAGCUCCUCUCUCCAAGUCUCUAUGGACCUGUUGUAUUGAAGGCAUCAUGGAAUACUGCAGAGUGGUCUAUGAUAUCUUCCCUCAAAGCCGAAAUGUCUGUCUAAUAGCAAGUGAUAGUCUCGCACACGUUAUCAAUGGCUGGAGGGCAGCUGAACAGAACACCACCCAUAUCAUGACAGCACUUGCUCACCUAGGACCCCCUCCAGGAGAUGGAGAGACGGCAGACGUCAGCAUCACUAAUGGGUUAGAGGGCGCUGUUGAGAUGCUGUGUGAGAGAACGGAUCUCCAGCGAGAGCUGUCUGAUGAUGAAGCUAGUCCCAAUAUAAACCGUGGCCGUAUCAUCUGCCUUACUUCUCUUACAACGAUUGAACAGAUCGAUGAAAUCAAAGACUAUUUGAAGGAAAACAUUCAGCACCAGAACAAGAUAGCAUCAGCUUCAGAUGAUCUCUUGCCGAUUGACCAUUGUGAACUGUGUUUGGUCAACAUCCAUCCUGUUGACCAGGCUCCAGCUGUGAGGUUGACCCAAGAUCUUAGCGUUGUCUCCUCCCAUCAGUCAUGUCAUGUGACCACCACCAAGGCGGGGCGUCACCUAGCAACCAAGCUUGUUUCUCUCCUCCAGACUCACUUUGAUCUGGCUAUAACCACUGUAACAGGCAUCCCCAUGAAGGAGGAGCAAAAUGCAAGCAGCUCUGCCAACUAUGACGUGGAGCUGCUCCACCACCGUCAAGCUCAUGUGGAGAUUCACAAGAUGGAGCACAUUGUGGCUGCCCAGGAGCUGAAGAGUGAAGGAGACGGCAAGGGAGCAGGAGGAGGAGGGAGCUCCGGUGCAGCAGGAGCAGGGGGAGGAGGAGGUGGGGGAUCUGGAGAUGGAGGAAGUAAAGCAGGAGGUGUGAAUAAGGUGCUUCUCAAAUGGUGCCAGCCUAGGGUGGCAGGAGCAGAGCUACUUCAUUGCACUGGAGCUUAUGGAGUCUCGCCUGUUGAUGUUAACAGCAGACCGUCUUUGUGCCUCACCAAUUUCCUGCUGAACGGGCGUCAGGUGAUGCUAGAGCAGCCCCGUAAACAAGGUACGAAGUGUAUCUCCCACAUGCUGGCCAGCCAUGGCGGUCAGAUCAACCUCCACUGUCUGUCCACCUCCCGGUCACCCUUAGAAGAUCCCCCGUCCAUCAGUGAGGGGUGUGGAGGGAGGGUCACUAACUACCGCAUCAAUGACUUUGGUGACUUCAUGAAGGAGAACCGGUUGGCACCGUGCCAGGAAGGAUCAGACAGUGAAUCUGAGCUGCCUUUGGAGAGAGCUAAAGCACAACUAGAGAGAAUGUCUAGACAUUGGCCUCUUAUCAUCAGUGAUACAGUCAUCUUCAACAUGCUCUCACAUAUAGAUCCAUUACCAUCACUUCUAAUGAAGCCUGUUAUAGAUGAAGAUGAUGUUCUGGAGUGUAAAAAAGCCAUUCUUCAUCUUGUUGGCAUGGAAACGAGAAAUGAACCCCUGCCUAUACCAAGCAGCACUACACGUGGGAAAGGUUCUAAAAAGGAAGAACAGUACAGACUGAUGUGGUCAGAGUUAGAGACGUAUGUGAGGGCAGCAAGCACAACAUCAUCGGCUCAUGAAGAGGUCUUGGAAUGCCUCCUUGCCUGUAAGAAACCUGACGAAGCAUCCCCCUCUAGAGGGCGCAAGACGUCUUCUGAAAAAUCAACCACCAAAUCCGAGAAGCCAGAAGCAGAGAAGAUGGACACCUCUUCUAGUAAAACAGAAGGGACUGCCACCACAACAGAUGUAGCAGGAGCCAACCUCUUCCCCAGGAAUCCCUUAGAGCCACCACCCAUCAAGAAACAGAAGAUAAAUGCUGGAGACACAAUUGGCAGGGCAAAAGGUGCUCCAGAAUCUCUCCUUUCUUUAUGGAAGACAAGGAUUGCUAGCCUCCAUUCCAGGAGUCAGAGGGAAUUCUCAGGGCGAGCCGAGUCAAAGGAAGCAAAAGCUGAUCUUUAUCCCAAUCUCCCGAAAAAGGAAAAUGGCAAAUGAAGAGAUCAGUUACAAACUAUGCUAGGGAGAUGAACAUGAACAAUUCUUGAUGGAGUGUGAAAUGUCUUGGAAUUGAAGAUGGUUUACAUCCUUGCUGGAGCUAUUGAAAUAUGAUAAGAUCAUGUAAUUCUAUCAUUGUAAUAUUUGCACAUUUUCAGAGGUGAUUCACAAGGCUAUAGAAUUGCUAUAAGUUGAUUUUUCAUAUUCUUUGUGAUUAUAUAAGCAAGUGAAGCAACUUUUGUUCUACAAGAAUCGUAUAAAAGCUGAAUAUGCAAUAAGCUGGCCAUUCGGGUCGCAGCCUACAGAUAAAGUCACAUUGUGAAACUCCCUACUGGUAGACUACGAUAUCAUAGUCACAUGCUUGAUAUGACGCUGUAUGUGCAUGGGUGCAGGACCGACCGUGCUGCUCAGAAAGGAUGUGAGUAGCACAAUCUUCAGAUGAUAAUGUCUACACUAGGAAACAAUAGGAGAAGAGCAUGAAUGUAGAAGAUUGCUGGACAUUGAAGGAGAUAUACAUG